CCACAAACAAAGAUCCAUCAACUCCAUCAUGAGCUCCAUCCAUCUCACUCCACGAUGACCAGUCUCCCCUGUCACUGACUCCCCUUUCAACUCCAUUGUUACGACUCGCGUAUACGUAUCGUCAUCAUCGUCACUUACAACUCCUCACUUACAACGACGACAAUGUUCCGACCACUAGCCCGCCAGGCCGCCCAAAAGGCAUCAACAACAGCCUCGAAGUCCAGCGAGCUGCCACAAGCCUUUGUCAAACUCCCCCACAUCAGUCCCGCCCUCCUCACACAGUACCCAGCCAAGAAAUCAUGGCCUCCCGAUUUCAAGACCAUGUCGCCACAGGAGCAGCUGAAGUACGAGAAGCGGUAUAAGAGGAAGCUGCAUCAUAUUGCGCAGAGACCGAGGUGGAACAAGAUUGUGCAGCUGGCGCAGUUGGGGACUAUUAGCUUUGUUCUCAUCUACUGUCUCCUGUUUGCGGAUUGGAAGGAUGAGAGGCAACCUUUCUACGAGUUCCGAGAGUGGUUCUGGAACUCCCUUGGGUUCGAAUAUGAAGCUCCUAAGCCCGUUCCGAGGAUCCAGUCCCAGGAGUCGCAGGCCAGCGUCCAAGGCGGGUCCCGUCCUCGGCAGAUGUAAUGUUGGAGAAGUCUGAGGCUUGGGAUUGACUGGACCAAGCAAUUGUAUCAUGCUUUGUAUAAUAUCCUUUUGUGGGUUUUUGGCGUUGAAGAAGUUGGGGA